CAAAAAAGACAGCAGCCCAAUUUCGGCACAAUGAUACAAUGAAGCCGAGUACCGACCGACAAAAGGGUUAGUAGGCAAAGAGGUACUGGGUUUCGGUGGCCACGUUCUACGAUAUAAUGCCAGUUGUUUCCGCUCAUUUUUCCUUUUCUGGUCAAAAGUCUCAAUACCAUCAAAACUUUCUCUUUUUUUUUUUUAAUUUUAAAUUUCUUGUCCUAUUUAUUUUAUUAUUUCAAUUUUUUCCUUUUUUUUUUAGAAAUAAUAAUUAAUUUUGAUAAUCCUAAAAUUGAAGGUUAUCUCUGAUUUUCUUUGUUUCUGUUUCUCGGUCUCUCUCUCUUUUGCUGAAAACAGAGAGGAGGAUCUUUCAUCCAUUUUCCCGGAAAUACUGGAGGAAACGUCCGAUCUAUUUAACUGCAAACUGAAUUCCCUAUCACCAUUUCCCUGCCCUCCUCCUUUCUCUUUAGAUCUACGUUUUUCCUUUCUGCAAAAUCAAUUUUUUUUUUACUUGAAAGGUUUAAUUCUUUUAUUCAAUUCGAUCCAAAAUAUGUCAGUUAGUUUCUCUCUUUUAAUAUUCCAGAUUCGUUAAAUUUCGAUUCAGCUAAAAAAAAAAAAAGAAGGAGAAGAAGGAGAAGAAUAGAACGUCAAAUAGAGGGAAGUGAUGAAUUUAGGGUAAAGAAAUAGGGAUAUUUUUUAUCAAGGAAACAGGGAGUAUGCAGAUGGAAAGGGGGAGGCGGAAUAUCAUUGCAAAUGGAGGCUACAGUUUCAACAGGAAUGACAAUUAUAGUAAAUUUUGCAACUGUGUUUUAGAAAAACAAAAGAAUCAAAGUUUGCCGGCUUCGCCGUUAGCAGCUGCCGGUUUCAUUAAACAUCCCGUGUCCCGGUUCGAUACUCUGGCCGGCGUCGCCAUCAAGUACGGCGUUGAGGUAGCUGACAUAAAAAAGAUGAACGGUCUGGUGACGGAUCUUCAAAUGUUUGCUCUUAAGUCACUCCAGAUCCCUUUACCAGGGCGGCAUCCGCCAUCACCUUGCUUGUCAAAUGGUUCUGGAACACCAGGACAAAGCAGUGCCAACCAAACCGCAGCCCGACAUUUGCCUCCUGAUUUGCUUGACUCAUUUCAGUCUCUGAGACUGAAGACUCCGCCUCGAAGGGUCUCCCCUGCAAUGACCUCAUUACAAGGUUACUAUGGCCUUAAUCCGACAGAAAAAAAGAUGAUUUCUGAAGGUUUUGAGAUGGCAGUAUACAGGAAAGGAGAAGCUCAUUAUCUAGAGGAUGGUCCAUUCCUUAAACCCUCCUCUGCUUCCAACCCACCUUUGAAGCUUCAUCGGAAGUGUAGAAGUGUUGCUAAUGGAUUUUUUUGUGAGAAUGGUGAAGUCAUAGCUGAUAUCAUGUCUGCUGGAGAAGUUAAAGAAGGUGAAGCUGAUAAGUCAAAUGAGAAACUGAUCAGAAGACGGCAGAAAUCUGAGAAUGACUUUACUGCUCGUACCCCUGAAAGGCUGUUGAAGGAGGAUAACACCAGUGGUGGAGGAUUUUCAACAAUAACAGCGAAAGGUUUGGCACUGAGAUCCAAAGCAGCAAGCCGCACUAAUUCGGGAGUCGAUGUUGAGGUCACAGGGUUGAGUCCUUCUCCAACAGGUCUUGGAGAUGGUUACGUGGUUGAUGGAUUUUCUAUAGUGAGGAAGUCAUCGAGCACAUCGAAUUUGCAAGAUCAGGACAGUAGUAGUAGUAGUAGUUUGUCAUCCCUGUGGCCAGCGUCUAAAUGGGGUUUGAAGCCUGAUUUACAAGCACUUUCAACUGUAGCCAUUGCAAGACCUAUUUUUGAUGGAUUGCCGAAGCCAAUGUCCGGUCGUAAAAACAAAGCCGCUCUUGAUUAGCUCCCUUCGCCUGCAUCUAUUCUCAUUUUCAUAUCAAUUUUUGACUACAAUUUGUGAGGCCUCCAAUUGCUAGCUCCCUGAGUACAUAUAUAGAAAAAUGAAAAUAAGAAAAAAAGUCCAAUAAUGCAAUAGUUUUCCUCAACUUAUUUUAAACUGUCGUGUGUGUGUAUGUAUAAUUUAUUAUUGUUUCGCUUCACUUUUAACCAAAUUUUCAUUGUUAGGUGUGGGUGAGUGCCGAUCAUGAAUGCUGCGGAUAAAUUUGCAAUACUGUCCGAUCCGCAAAAGUCAUCCACCUAAUGCCUGAAUAAAAUUGAACUUAUCUGGACUUUAUAGUUAAUAAUUGUGUGACGGAGCCGAAUCUAUUCGACCACGCUAGACAGACGUGUUUUAUGCCAACUUCUACAACCAUUCCCUGAAAAAUAUAAAUGAACCAUGCAAUUUUUUUUUUGUGUUUUAUGUCAACUUCUCCAACCAAUCCCUGGAAAAUAUAAAUGAGCCAUGCAAUUUUUUUUUAAAAUCUUCCCUCAUAGACAUAAACAGUUACUUUGUUUGAUUAAAAAAAAAAAAAAAGAGUUUAAAAAUUAUGGUUUAUUUGAAAACGUGAUAGAAAAAAUUUUUAACUUUCCAUGAUUUCCUUUCGUGAUGGUUCAAUUAUAAAAUACAAGAGUGAUGCUAUAAGAAAAUUUCUUUUCAUGUUAAUCUAACUGUAAAGAAUUAUUCCCAUCACGUUAAUCGCAACUGUGGGAGAAGCAACAGAUGUGAACUUUUGGACAACAAAUACCACAAUGUUGAAAAAGAUUUAAGAUUGUAAAGUUCGUUAACAACGCCUGACUAAAUUUGAUCAGUUGAAUCUGUUCAAUAAAUUUUUAAGUAAUUUAUUGAUAUUACCCAAUCCAUUCAAUUUGUAACAUUGCAACAGUUUGACUUUCCAUACUGAUUAGUAAGCAAAUCUACGAGAGAUAGAUAUUUUGUAAGUCACUUGAUCCAAAGGAAGAGGCUCUUUAUUUUCAACAACACACUAUCAAGAUUAAUCAUUCGUGCCAAUUAUCAAGAAAAAUAGAACUAUAUGCAGUUUUCUCGAACCAUUUUUAGGUUCACAAGACACAGUCGAAGCCAUUUAGCAAUUACCAUCACCAUUUAGAAAACCACAGAAAACCAGUUCUCUACUCAACAGAUAUCACAUGUCUCGCAGAUCUCUAUUUUAUUACCCAACAAGCAGUAGUAACACCAUUCCACAACAGCACUCCAACACCAGCUACUACCAUUAUUCAUUUACACCAAAAUUCAAAUCUUUAGAAUUGUUUCGAAAUAACACCAAAAUUAGUAAUUUUCUCAGGAAUAAUGAAUGUCUAAAAUUAUUUGGCAAUUUUGCAUUCCAAGGGCCAUAGUCGUGUAAAACUUUUACACUAGGGUGUGAAGAAUUUUCAAGGUGAAGGUAAGAAUUUUUAAUAUUGAUCCACGUAAACGGACAGAGAAAUAUAGACUAAACUUCAGCUAGAAAUGAGACAUUUGUGAGGAAAUCAGUCAUGUCAACCAUCCUCCUUGCAUUUAGCCCUAAAAAAAAUGGAACCAGUGAUGGAACAGCCAGCAUAUCCAGUUUGAGACUAGGCCUUGGUUGAGUCUAAUUUCAAAAACUCCAAUAGAACCUUCGGCUCCAUGCGCUUCAAGAUGUUUAACUUUCACAUAGAACCCUAAGAAGCUAAGAAAUUCAACAUAUCUCAUACUUACCUUUAUCCUACUACACAACAUCUUUGAAAAAUCUUGUCCUAAGUAGAGGUGUAAUCGAUCAAGUUCAAGCCAAUACAAAAUUAAGCUCGAGCUCUAGGUCAACUCUAUAUUCGAGGCUCAAAACUCAGCUCAAAUUCGAUUGAGUUUUAGUUUUUUAGCUCGAGUUCGACUUGAAAUAGAAAUCGAGCUACUCCAGUCCGCUCGAUUAG